GCGCUGGCGCUCAAGGCGGUGCACGGCGCUGCGGGCGGGGACGUGAGCCGCUGCGUGCGGCGCCACCGCGCUCCCGCCGCCUGCAGCCGCCUGGCCGCCUACAAGCUGCUCAAGGAGCUGGUGCUGCUGCGCCGCCUGCGCCACCCCGGCGUCGUCCAGUUGUAUGGCCAAUGCUAUGAUAAUAGUGCCCAUCCCAACAUAAGGGUCACAGCAAUGCUGGAGCUGGGAUCCCCUCUGGAGAUGAUUCAGCUUCUGCAAACCACCUGGGAGGAGAGAUUUAAAGUUUGCCUUAGUCUCGUGAAAUUGCUGUUUUACUUGGCACAUUCCCCUCUGGGUUCAAUAGUCCUCUUGGAUUUCCAACCAAGACAGUUUGUUAUGGUGGAUGGAAACCUAAAAGUGACAGACUUGGAUGAUGCCAGCACUGAGGAACUGUCAUGCAAAGAUGAUAAUGACUGCAUGCUAGACUUCCCCACAAAAAGCUUCAUUCUCAAGUGUUCUGCAGCUGGGAAAUGUGAAGGGAUAAAUGAAAAGAAGAAUCUUUUCAAUGCAUAUCGGUAUUUCUUCACAUAUCUUUUGCCGCAUACUGCGCCUCCUGGUUUGCAGCCCUUUCUAAGUGAUAUUCUGAAUGCAACAGGUGACUUACGAUAUGGAAUAAAUGAAACCCUCAGAGCUUUUGAAAAGGUUUUACAUUUGUACAAAACUGGGGUAUAUUUGCAGAAAAGGUCUCCUGUAUUACAAGAAUAUAUCUCCCUAAAGGGAUUCCGAACCAGGGAAACACAGGACUAUAAAUGCUGGCCUUCCUAUAGCCACCUAGGAUGUUUGCUCUCUGUUCAUAAUGCAGAGGAAGCUGCAGGAAUCUGUAAUUCCCAGCCACAGUGCCAAAGUUUUAUAGUCACUCAGCAGAGAACAUGGACAGGGCGCCCACUUGCCUCAUUUCGAAGUCAUUUGCCAGACUUAAUACCAGACGCUAAUGCUGCCAUCUACAUUAAACGAUCUGCUUCCUCAAGGGAAAAACUUUAAAGAGGGCGAGAUCACACAAAGUGAUCUGGGGAGGAAUCACUGGGGAGAAUUCCAUCGACUGAAAGGAGUGACAUAUUUUAUUUUGCUUUAGGAGGUGAGCUCUGUGCCAGCUUAGAUUGUAUCACAUAGGGCUGCCUCCUUGAUCAAAGCCAAGAUUCCCUACAGCACAACACUCCCCACCACACAGCCGUGCUCCCAGACUCAGCCCUUCCUUGUAAACAUUCCCAAUUUUAGUUGAAAUAUUGCUAGAAUCUCCCGUACUUCAGCUUGUUGCUCAAGGAACCAACCUGUCAGCCAAGAAAUAGAAAUGGCCCCAAGGGACACAUGCACUGGACCUAGUUAGUUCAUCAGUCUUUGAAAACCCAUGAAUAAUGCACCUUCAGAGAGCACAGAGCUCCCAGUUUUGACGAGGGCUCCUUCCACAGCUGCCAAAAGGGAUUUAGUAACACUGUAAAUGGGAAGCUCUGUUCUUCAGUGUUUGGAUUCAGAUUCAAAAUGUAAGGGGGGGAAGGGCUGUUCAGAGCAAGGGUGUUGUUCAGCUCAUUGUAGGGGUGAGGGAGAUGGAUGUUUAGCUCAGAACCAGGGGGUCCCUUUACAGAGCAGGUGUUGCCCAGUUUAGAUCUUGAUCCAAAAUCUGGGCCUGAUGGUGUGCAUUUUGAACUGGUUUCUCAUCUACGAACCUUGGAGGUUGUUGGGUUUUACUUUCAGUGAAAGAAAUUUUGCUGAGCAAAAUGUUCAAUAUAUUUAUGUAUGAAGUUCUGUCCAGUAAAGAAUGGUUAUAUUUAUUCUGAA